UCCCCUUGUGUGACGCUCUUCAUCUAUGGUUUAGAGUUGGCACUUAUAAAGAUCAUCUUGAACACCGGUUAACUACAGCAUGUUGGUCUUCAUAUGAGUAUAAAAGUUAUUUAAGUAACAAUCCGCUGGCAUAAUAGCACUGUUUAUGACUGGUUCAAAGUGUUGGAUUGGCGGAGGUUGACAACAUGACUGCCAACGAAGACCAGGAGAUGGAGUUGGAGGCUCUUCAGUCAAUCUAUGAAGGAGAUGAUUGCUUUAAAGAGCUGACCCCGGUUUCCUUUCAGUUCAGGAUAGGAGAUCUUGAUGACGCCAAUUCAUUUCUGCUAGAAGUCUCAUGGCCAGAAACAUAUCCUGUAACAGCACCAGAGAUAUUAUUAGGUGGUUUUUUCAACAACAAAUUAUCUCCAGACACAAAGCAGUACAUUCUUUCCAAGCUGGGUGAGCAGGUGGAGGCCAACCUGGGCACUGCCAUGAUGUACACACUCUUUGAGUGGGCCAAAGAGAACAAGGAAAUGCUUAUGGAAAACCACCAGCCUGUUACAUCUGCUGUGACCCUGAUAUCCAACAGUGAGGUCAUCAAUAAUGCUACCUCUGUCAGUAAGAAAAAAGAGAAGAAAGAGCAACUAAGCAAAGCACAGAAGAGGAAACUGAUCGGAAGAACAGAUAACAAAGGAGAGCUACCAAGAGGAUGGAACUGGGUAGAUGUAAUUAAGGUACAAAAGAAGUAUACAAUAAAUGCCUGGUCUCACAGACAAGGGUUAGGACUAGUCUCAGACUAAAAUGAAAGUUGAUAGACAGCUCUGUCUUAACUGAAAAUAAAUUGCCCUGACAUAUCUUUAAAUAUGUAAAUGUCAUUGUUUUAUCUCAAAAUGCACAGCAGUAAUGUGUUUUCUCUAAGGCAUUUUAAUAAAAGUGAUGUCAGAAGUCCUGGCUUAAAUUAAGACUUUUCUAUGAAACCAGGCCAUAAUGAAUUUGUCUUAAAAUGUUUUCUUGUGAAUAAUUAAUUUCUUUUUAUUUUUUCCAUGUGAUUCCUGUUUAUAUCUUGCCACACUUUUGCCAACAAACAGCAUUUAAGCAAAACAGGAGGAAAAGAGGAGAAUUAAAUAGACGCCUGGAUUGAAGCCAGAUGAAUGCUUGAAGGGAAAUGUGUCUCGGUGCACUUGUUUUUAAAGAAAUCUGAAAUGAACUUUCUCCGACCAUUAUUUUAAUUCAUCAGAAGCUGCAGUUCUUCUGUUUUUGCCACAGAGCUAUAUCAACACUGAGUGCAAAGUUGUGCACCGACUUUGCUUGUGUUCUCAGAGUCAGUGAAGUGAUUGUUGUGAAAUGGUCAAUUAGCUAAACACCAGAAAAACAAGUCCUAGAAAUAACAUGUUGCCUACAAGCAGAGCAUUUGGGUGUUUCUUCACCAAACAAACCAAUGUGAUAUCAGUGCAAUUCCUGUAAAAUAAGUUGUAUUUGAUUUUAAGGUUUUACAUCAGAUGCAAGCAAAUGUUGCACCGAUGCCCAAUGUUUCACCAACUAAAUAAAUUUAAUGGAGGUUCUAUGCCUUUUUGUAAAGAAA